AUGGAGAUCAACCCGACUCUCUUGGAAAUAUGGACUUUGUAUGCUGUUGCGACUUUGAUGAUUGCGGCGAGGGUAUUUUGCCGCACGAAGCAAGUGGGCGUGUCUGGAUUUCGACCUGACGAUUACAUCAUCUUCUUCACAUGGGUAUACCCUAUCUUGCUGUCACUGGGAUGGAUCCGAUUUCGACUUACACCAUGGCAGUCUCUCUACACUUCUGUAUGCGUGAUGGCAACGCUCUUCGCGCUGAUUGCCCAAGGCAAACACACCUCGCUCCUGACCCCGGAACAGCGCGCGACAUUGCCAGAAUCAGAAUUCUAUCAGUGGGAAUACGGCUCGAAGAAUUUCGUCGCAGGCAUGAUUAUCUAUGCGACAGUAGUGUGGUCAUUGAAGUUCAACAUGUUGUUUUUCUAUCGAAGGCUGGUUGCGGGACAGUGGGUAGACAAGUUUAUAUUCCCUGUCAUGGGUCUAGUUGGUGCCACGGCGGUUGCGAUGGGUCUGAUCAUUGCCCUGACAUGCCUCCCUCUCUCUCUCAUGUGGCAAAUUCGCCCAGAUCCAGGAGAGAAUUGUGUGCCACAAAACAAAAUUUACUUCUACAGCAUCUUCGUGAUGAACGUCACCACAGAUCUUUGCAUAAUUGCCAUUCCUAUACCCGUGAUAAGUCUCGUUAGAGCCUCGAUUUGGCGCAGGAUUGGAGUAUAUUUUCUUUUCAGCUUGGGAGUUUUCAUCAUGGUUGCUGCGACAAUCCGUGUGGUUCUCAUUUUUCACCCUACAGGUGGCUUUGGCCCAGGGGCAAUGUGGUCAAUUCGUGAGGACUUCAUUGCCAUUUUCGUUGGGCAGGCCCCCAUGGUGGUGCCUCUUUUCAAACGGAGAGUAUGGGCUCAAUUCUACCACAAGUACAAGUUCACACCGAAAUCAAGUCAGGUCUCGGAUGGUAUAGAGUUGAGUGAUGGGAUUUCCAGCAACCACAACGACAAGAAGAAACCGAAAGAUCCAUACAGUCUUACACAGCUAGGGUUUACUCAUGUUACAAAUGCGACCCUUGGAACACGAAAUGAAGCAACCUCAGUUGCCAACAAUAGCUCAGAAAGUUCAGCGGUUGCGGUGGAGGAAGUUUACAUGUUAGGUCCCAUCAGAGACUUCGGGCCAGACUUAGGAGCCAUAGAAUUUGUCUCGAGAGAAGAUCGGCACAGUCUCGAGAUUACUGCUGUGUCCGAUCUCCCCAGGGCCGAGACAAUAAAAUUGGUCAGCAAGAGAGAAGAGUUGUAA